AGUGCCUCCAGCUGCUUCAGCUCACGCGCAGGAGAGCGGAGCCGGUUGCACCGGUGUGUGUUUGGACCUGACGGGGCUGUGAACGGAACCGAUGCGCGAGAGCUCGAGGAGAGAAACGCUGUCAUCUAGAGGUAAAUGUUGAGGACCGCAACGACAUGUUACCUAAAUCCAGACGAGCUCUCACCAUUCAAGAGAUCGCAGCGCUGGCCAGAUCUUCACUUCACGGUAUCUCGCAGGUGGUCAAAGAUCAUGUGACGAAGCCCACGGCGAUGGCGCAUGGCCGCGUGGCUCACCUGAUCGAGUGGAAGGGCUGGUGUAAACCCACCGACACACCCAGCGCCCUCGAGUCACACCUCACGUCAUACUCGCAUCUGUCCGAGGGCGAGCAGGAGGCACGAUUCGCUGCAGGAGUGGCAGAGCAGUUUGCCAUCGCGGAGGCAAAGCUUCGCGCCUGGUCUUCAGUGGACGGUGACGAGUCUAAUGACGAUUCUUACGAUGAAGAUUUUCUGCCUGCAAAUGAGCCCGUUACACAGAGCACAGCUGUUUUUUAUCUGUGUGUGAUUCAGAUAACACAGUUUCUGCCGGGGUCUCCCGCUCGUUUGGAGAAGUUUUCCGUGUCUUAUCUCUCUGACCGUUACUCCAUAAGUGGAUUCCAGGGGCUCGGCCUUUUAUGGAGCGGUUAG